UUUGUUUUGUAAAUUACUAAUUAAUUUGUUUUUUUUUAACUAUUUGUUUUGUAAAACACAAAAUUUGAUUUUUUUUGUAUUUUACACUGAAAAAUGGGAAACAAUAAAAUAGAAGAUCGUUACAGAUACGCAAAGCACUCCAUUCCACUCUCGUCCCGCUUCGCCUCUUUUAGGGCGCAACCAAGAGACAGAGAAGAAGAGAGAGACUCGUAAGCAACAAUAACCAAUAGCUCUCUCUCUCUCUCUCUCUCUCUCCUCUGCUGAUUCUUCGCUGACUCUUGCCUCCUCGACGUCGUCUUCGGCUUUGUAGCAUCUCGCCGAAGCGUCGUUGAUUUGAGAGAGACCCAAUUUGGAUUGUUAGAAAAUGGGUUACAUAGGAGCUCAUGGUGUAGCUGCUCUUAAGAAACACAAAUACAGUGGUGUUGAUCACUCUUAUCUUGCCAAAUAUGUUCUCCAACCUUUUUGGAACCGUUUUGUCAAAAUCUUCCCUCUAUGGAUGCCGUAAGUAUCUUAAAGAUCUCCUAGUUUCUUGGUUUGAUGAAAGAUUGGACUAACGUUUUCGUUUUUUCUUUCCAUGUGGGCUCUUUGUGAUCCACGUACAGCCCCAACAUGAUAACACUUAUGGGGUUCAUGUUUCUUCUCACAUCUGCUCUCUUAGGCUAUAUAUACUCACCUAAGUUGGAUUCUCCACCUCCUCGAUGGGUCCACUUUGCACACGGCUUACUUCUGUUUUUAUAUCAGACAUUUGAUGCGGUUGAUGGGAAGCAAGCACGAAGAACAAAUUCAUCUAGCCCACUAGGAGAGCUUUUUGACCAUGGUUGCGAUGCACUUGGCUGUGCGUUAGAAACAAUGGCAUAUGGGAGUACUGCUAUGUGUGGAAGAGAUACUUUCUGGUUUUGGGUUAUUUCUGCUGUUCCAUUUUUUGGAGCAACAUGGGAACACUAUUUUACCAAUACGCUUACUCUUCCGGUAGUCAAUGGUCCUACAGAAGGUCUUGCACUUAUAUACUGUGGCCAUUUCUUCACAGCCAUUGUUGGUGCGGAGUGGUGGGCUCAGCCGUUUGGGAAGUCGAUUCCUUUGUUUAGUUGGGUUCCGUUUUUGAACGAGAUGCAAAUGUCCAGAAUAAUACUAUUCUCCAUGAUUUUCUUUGCUGUUAUACCAACCCUUGCAAUCAACACGUCUAAUGUUUACAAAGUUGUACAUUCAAGAAAUGGAAGCAUGCUUCUAGCAUUAGCUAUGCUAUAUCCCUUAGUCACGUUAAUUGCAGGAGUUCUGAUUUGGGAUUACUUGUCUCCAAUUGAUCUCAUAAGAAACUACCCUCACUUAGUUGUGUUGGGAACUGGUCUUGCAUUUGGAUUCCUUGUGGGAAGAAUGAUUCUAGCUCACUUAUGUGACGAACCAAAAGGAUUGAAAACAAACAUGUGUAUGUCACUGCUUUACCUUCCAUUUGCACUAGCAAAUGCUCUAACCGCUAGACUCAACGACGGGGUUCCUCUUGUGGAUGAGUUUUGGGUUCUUCUUGGAUAUUGUAUAUUCACAUUGUCACUAUAUGCGCAUUUUGCAACUUCAGUCAUUCAUGAGAUCACAACUGCACUUGGAAUCUACUGCUUCAGGAUUACUCGGAAAGAAGCUUGAAGAAACAAAAUGUGAUUGAAAUUUUUAUUUAUAAGAAAAAGCAAAUCUUAAGGGAGAAAAAAAAUGCAAAUCCCAACACGAAUCUGAAUAUUUUGUUACUUGGAAUUAAAAAUGAUUGACUGAUAUGCUUUUGGAUGUAUACUCAUUAAUGUUUUUGUUUUAGUGUUUUUUUUCUUGUUCGGUUGAAAUAGGGUAAUUCAUGUAGAACCUUUUUGUGUAACGUUUCUAAGAAAAAAAAAUAUGGGAUUGUUCUAGAUUUUUUUUUUUAAUUUAAACCUCGUUAUUGAUCCAACUUUUAGCUUUUUAAGCUUUAUUUUAUGAUUCUCACUGCUGGAAAUGCAAAAAUGAUGAAAAUAUUUAUUUUCUCGUGAAAAAAAA